UGAUGACUCACUCUUGUUCAAGGAAUGGCCGAGCCACCAAGACAACGACAGGCCUGUAUUGGCUGUCGCGCCAUCAAGGCCAAAUGUCAACAGACAGAUACGCUUCAGGUACCUUGCACACGGUGCAAACGUCUCGCUCUGUCAUGCGAGUUUACGCGCCAGAAGCGUGGUCGGAAGUCAAAUGUCGAGCGUGAGCGGCUGCGCGAUCAACGAGCUACGCGAAGCGCUUCCCCUGUCCGGAGUGCGGCUUCGUUGCAAAGAUCCGGACCUCCAGCGAGCCAGCCUUCCGGGAGCGCCCUCGGAAGUGAGGCUAAGAUUAUGGCUAGGGCUCCCACUUUCAUGGCUGGCCUGUCGGCUUCGUCCAUCGAGCUGACGCCACGAUCGCCCGACGAGCCCUCCCUUCAGCAGUCACCUCUAAAGAUGCCUACCGUGGCGGGCACUCGCCGUCACCGAGUUGACGUGAGCGAAUAUCUCGAUCCUGGGGAACCCGAAGCUCUGUUGGACAUUGCGCCCGGCCGGCGGAGUAUGGAGGAUCCGCUCGCGUUAGGUCUGGUCAGCGUCGCGGAGGCGCGGGCUCUAGUUGAGCUCUUUCACCAACAUCUGAACCCUCCCUUGGCGCUCCUUGAUCCAGCAUACCACACGCUCGCUUUCAUGCACGAGUCGUCCUUUGCCCUUCUUACAGCCGUGCUCGCGGCCGCGUCCAAGUUCUUCCAUGGGCCUGAGACGUACAGGGCGCUUCUUGACCAUGCCCAAGUAUUGAUCAAUCGUGCUGUUGCAGAGGGUCAUUGCGAGAUUGGCAUGAUCCAAUGUCUCAUGGUGCUGAGUCACUUCAAGGACACACGUGAUCGUACAGCAUGGAUCAAGAUAGGUAUGGCACUGCGGUUUGCGUAUCAGAAUGGACUCCAUAAGGCCCUCCAGGACGUAGACACACCACGAACAUCGGAAGGCGACCGCGCUCAACUAAAUCUCGAACGCACAUGGUUCUGCAUGUGUUGCUUUGACAGCACGUACAGCCACCUCUUCUUGCUUCCUCUCGCCAUCCCGGCAUCGCAGCGCGGCGAUGUUGACAGGUGGGCCCAUAAUCACUUGGGUCUCGGCCCGCCGUCCGACCUGCGCCUUGCAUGCAGCGUGGAGGCGCUCGACGUUGCUUCUCAGGUGCACGCGCUCAAGGUCAAUUCAACGACCAAGGAAUAUCGCGCCGCACUUCUGCCGCAGAUUCUGUCUCAGAUCGACCGACAUGACGAGAAAUGGUUCAAUGGUCGUUUGUGUAAGUGGGAGUUGUAUGAAAGCUCACAACGGCACGUAUGCCAGAGCACGAGGAGACAUCCAUCAAGGUUGGACUCUUCUCCCAAGGCCUCACUGUGCGGAUGAUGCUUAUCGACGACGACCUGGAUGCUGCUCGUCACAUUGCCGAAGGCUU